AUGAAUUUCUAAUCCUCCUAAUUUGAUGGUAUCUUAGUUCCCGCUUUCAAAUAGCUUUCCAACUUUCACAAUUUAACUAUUUUCGAUUAAUUGGUUGCUCAAGUUUUGGUUGCUUAAGAAGUUUUCUCAUUCUACUUCUGUGACAAGGAAAACAGUGAUGAUUAUGAAUUGUUUUUGGGUGGUAUCGAUUUUUCGUACUACUCCACUGCUUACAAGUACUAUCAUAUUUUCUCUAAACUUGGUACGUUAUCGCUACUAAACCUCAAGCUCAACAUUGCUAUUGGUAAUAGUAGUAGUUUCUUUAUUUAUGGAAUCUCUGUUGUUUUAAAUCUGAUCAUUAAGUUAUUCCCUUCUAAAAUUGACUGCACUCAAAUCAACACUUACUUAAAAUCUAAUUAAAAAAUACCACUAAAAUCAGAUAUGUCAUCGCUUUCAUCAAAUGAUUUCUUUAAACAAAUUAAAAAGUGA